AUGACAAUGUUUACUCUGGAUUUACUACCAUAUUCUCUCAAAGUCGUGGUCGGCAUCUGUCCAUCUCGAGCCUGGAUUCGACUUUCCUCAAUCCAUUACUCCACCGUGCCUCCUUCCUAUCUAUCUAUCUAUCUAUCUAUCUAUCUAUCUAUCUAUCUAUCUGAGAGUCUUUUGAACUCUAUCCAUACCGGAAACCCAUUCAUAUCUAUCUAUCUCAGCAUUCUCAUAUAUCUAUCUAUCUAUCUAUCUAUCAAUCUAUCAUAUCUAUCUCAUGUUCAUCAUAUCUAUCUAUCUAUCUAUCUAUCUAUCUAUCAUAUCUAUCUAUCUAUCUAUCUCAGCAUACUCAUAUCUAUCUAUUCAUAUCUAUCUAAAUAUCAUAUCAAUAUACAUCUAUCUAUCUAUCUAUAUCAGCUGUUCAUAUAUCUAUCUAUCUAUCUAUUUAUUUUAUAUCUAUCUAUCUAUCUCAGCUUAUCAUCAUAUUAUCUAUCUAUCUAUCUCAGCUUAUUCAUAUCUAUCUAUCUAUCUAUCUAUCUAUCUCAUUUACUCAUAUCUAUCUAUCUAUCUAUCUUCAGCUUUUUCAUAAUAUAUCUAUCUAUCUAA